AUGGUUGUCGAAUCCCUCACGGAAGUGGUCGCGCCGGAAGGGGUCAAGGCAAGGCUCGUCGCAACCAAAGCAUCCGACAUCAGUCUUCCGCACGCGGAAACGACCAAUGGACGAGUCGUGCCGGUCCAACACCCGGCUGAAAGCAAGGUCGACUUUGGCGCCGAGGUUUACGGAAUCGACCUGAACAAGGUCACGGAUGCAGAUUUCGAAUUCAUCUCGGACGCGCUACAUAAGCACAAAGUCCUGAUUUUCAAGGAGCAACCGGAAAUGCUCAAGCCACAGCAACAGUACCUGCUGACGGCCAAUUUCGAUCCGGAUGAGACGACGGGAGGCUUUGCACACGGGGCGGAUCCGUUUUUGACCUCGCACGACGGUGUCAACAUCUAUGGCAUUCAGAGCAGACCGGCCAUUCCGGUCCAACCACAGGUACAUAUCCUGGGUCGAGGCGAAGUUCCCCAAGGUCAUUUUCAGUUUCCACCGGGGUUCAAGGUCAAGGGGAUUGAUCAUCGCGAGUUCCAUCUUCCACCCCACAUCCCCCAAGAGGAGCGCGAAAAGGGUGCCAGUCGCUUCUACCAGUGGCAUUGGGACGGAGCCUUGUACAAUAUCCCGCCUCCGCGGGUGGGCUGCUUACUGGCCGUCAAGACUCCCAAGGGUCCAGAUGUCACGGUUCGCUGGGAGGACGGGACCGGCACGGAGAUGAAAAUCCCACCUGGGGCAACCGCUUAUGUCGCCGGGUCUAGAGCCCUCGAAGUCCUCGACCCAGAGCUCCGCCAGAUUGCCUUGCACUCGCGGAUCGAGUAUGCGCCGCACGCCUUCAAAUGGAUGUCGACCGCACAUAGCGCCAGACUCGGACAUAUCCUGGAAACCGAAGGCCUGGAGCUGCCGCGUGAGAAGCUCCCGCCUAUUGACGAGAGCAAGAUCUGUAUCUACCCAAUGGUGUGGACCAACCCCAAGACCGGUGAAAAGUCCCUGCAGGUGCAUGGACAAGGGGCGGUCAAGUUGUACCUCAAGAGCAGCCCGGACGGCGAAGAAACGACCAUUGACGAUCUGAAAGAAGUCCGAGAUUUCAUGCACAAGUAUUUUCCCUCCAUGUUGCAACCAUUGUAG